AUGGCUACCCUUAUACCCCGCGGAUAUCGCUCCACCACUGAAUACUGUUUCGACGAAGCGCAAGCCGACGCCAUUGUACGGACCACUGCCUACCACCGCAGAGCCUACUGUCUAUCAGUGAUCUGGUACUCGCCUCAUGAACACGUCGGUAUUCGGCCGUCAAUGGCAUCAUCCUUCCAACAGGCUUCGAAAGUUGGAAUCGGCUACCUCGACCGGCUACCCCUCGAACUCUUGUUUGACAUAUUAUACCGUCUGGAUAUGCAUUCCGUAUUCAAGUUUCGACAAAUCAGUCUCAGAUCAAGACAGAUCGUAGACUCUCUCAACCAGUAUCAGAGUGUAGUCUCGCAUGGACUAAACCUCUUCUGCACCUUAUUACGGACUGGACUUGCCAUCGACAUUUCUCUACUCGACUUUUACGACGCAUUAUGUAUCAAGAACUGCACCCUUUGCGGCGAAUUCGCCGGAUUUAUAUCCCUUCUAGUAUGGAAGCGAUGCUGUUUCAAAUGCCUCCAGGAAUCUCCAGAAACCCAAGUGCGGACUCUCGCCUCAGUCCGAAAACAAUUCCACAUGACCAAAGACAACCAACUAAGGUCAUUCAAGUCCUUGCCUGGGAUAUAUUCGAUGAAUGAAUCUACGCAAAAUACCCGCAUUACGAUCGUCUCUCUUUAUCAAGCUACUGCUACUUUAGCUUAUAAACGACAACCGCAUACAACUUCGCAAGCCCAAGCGAGCUCGGAUAGAAAUAAAAAGUUCAACUUCAUGGCGUCGUGCGCGCUUCCUUAUUACGAUAAGCAGACUGGCACAGUGGAACGCGGAAUUUCGUGUGCCGGGUGUCAACUUGCUAUUGAGAAAGAUAUUAUCGGUACUAGGGACAGGGACUGGGGAUACGAGGCUCGAGACAAAGUGUAUGCGCGAGACGGCUUUUUGGACCAUUUUCGGUGGUGUGAACAGGCACAGCUCCUAUGGAGAUCGAGUGGCGAGGGUAGAAACCGGCCACCCGAGUUGCCUGUCGCUGCUCGGACAGGAGGCUAUUUUCGGAGAGGAUGA